GUUUUUAUGCCCUUUCCCUCCUCUUGCUCUCUCCUCACAUCUGCUCUCUCUCUCGCCCUGCUGCCUGAACCCUUUCUCUCUUUAAACUCCCAUUUCACCCUCUACAACCCUUCAAAUUCCUUUCGAAACCACUCCAUCUGACUCUCUUGACUGAUUCCAUUUCUUGAAGCCCCGAAAGACCUCAAUUUGUACUCAAUUUCAGUUAUUUACAACAAUGUCCGGGGCUACUAAGCUAAGACCGGCAGAAAAACAAAUGCAGGAGCCUCCACGAGCGAUACUUGGUCCGGCAGGAAACAGAGUUAGGGUUUCGGAGGAGGCUAAAAGGAAGAUUGAGGUUUUAAAGAAAUCACAGCAGAAACCAAAGAAACCUGUGGAGAAAAUGUCUCAAGCUGCUGUUAAGAAUAACUUGUCAGUGGAUAGCACGUGUUCUUCGGAUUCUUAUUCUUCUUCUUCAAGUUCUGGAAGGAAUGUGAAGCGUAAUGGAAUAAAACAAGUCAAGUAUGUUCCUCGUGGAGGUGAAAUUAAGGAUGUGUCGUCGAAGAAAGACGGGCCGGUUAAGAGGUGUGAUUGGAUUACUCCGAAUUCUGACCCACUUUAUAUGUCUUUUCACGAUGAAGAAUGGGGAGUUCCAGUUCAUGAUGACAGGAAGCUGUUUGAGUUACUUGUAUUUUCACAAGCAUUAGCAGAACUCAGCUGGCUAGCUAUUCUUCACAUGAGAGACAUAUUCAGGAAGCUGUUUGAUCAAUUUGACCCAUCAUCCAUUGCACAAUUUACUGAGAAGAAGCUCCUAUCAUUGAAAGUUAAUGGGAAUCUGUUGCUAUCUGAACCAAAGCUUCGUGCAAUAGUGGAGAAUGCUAAACAGAUGCUCAAGAUUCAGCAGGAAUUUGGUUCCUUCAGCAACUAUUGCUGGCGGUUUGUGAACCAGAAGCCAUUAAGAAAUGGUUUUCGCUAUGGGCGCCAAGUACCUGCAAAGACCCCAAAAGCCGAACUGAUUAGCAAGGAUCUGAUGCAAAGAGGGUUCCGCUGCGUUGGUCCCACUGUUGUUUAUUCAUUCAUGCAAGUGGCAGGAAUUGCUAAUGAUCAUCUGAUAUCAUGCUUCCGAUACCAAGAAUGCAAUGCAGACGUAGAAAAGGAUCUCAAACCCCCCAAGAAUCAAGAGAUAGAGAUAGUUGCUAAAGCUUUGGGGAGCACAGGCUUUUCUCAUAAUUAAUCCAUCUGAACCAUAUAUCCCCUUCCCUGACUAAUCACACUCAUAAAACUAUAGCAAGACAAGUAGCAGAGCAGUUGUUCUUUUGUAAUGUCAGUAAUCUCGUCUGGAUUUUCUAAGCACAGCAUAGUUUCUUCUUCCACUUGUGUAUCCUUUUCCUAACCAAACAUUACUGUAAUAAAAAAAAUCAUUGUUAA